AUGGAAAAAGUCAAUGCCAAUGUUCCAGCUGCAUUCUUCAUUGAUGGACCUGGUGGUACUGGAAAAUCCUUUCUAUAUAAGGCUUUGCUUGCAACUGUUAGAUCAAGAGGAGACAUUGCCCUGGCAAUAGCAACAUCUGGAGCCGCAGCAUCAUUACUUCCUGGAGGCCGCACUGCCCACUCUCGCUUUAAGAUACCUCUUCAGCAGGAAAUUAAUAGUACCUGCAACAUUUCCAAACAAAGUGCCAUCGGUCAGUUAGUUCAAGUUGCAAGACUAAUCAUCUGGGAUGAAGCAGCAAUGGCCAAAAAAUACGCCAUUGAAUCUCUUGACAGAUUAUUGAGAGACUUGCUGAACUCUGACUGUAUCUUUGGUGGAAAAGUUCUUGUUUUUGGUGGAGACUUCCAACAAACUUUGCCGGUGGUGAGAAAAGGUCAACGAGAAUAUUAUGUCUCUGCAUCGCUUGUCAAUUCUUACCUAUGGCCUCACCUGCAAAAGAUCCGACUCACUGAAAAUAUGAGAGCACGGUCAGAUCCUUCAUUUUCUGACUUUUUACUGAAAAUAGGAAAUGGAACAGAGCCAACAAUUUUAGAUAACAAAAUCAAGCUUCAAUCUUCAAUGCUCAUACCUUUUAUCGAUGAUAAAACCUCAUUAGACCUUCUGAUAAAUACUGUAUAUCCAUCCUUGCCUGACUUUUUAAACAACAGUUCUGUAGUUACUAACAGAGCCAUUUUGAGUACAACAAAUGAUACUGUUCAUGACGUCAAUCAAAUUUUGAUUGAAAGAUUUCCAGGGCAAGAAACAAAAUAUAUCAGCUUUGAUCAAACACUUGAUUCAACAAAACAAGCUAAUCAUGGAGAUUUUCUAAAUUCCAUUCAACCUCCUGGAUUGCCCCCACAUGAACUAAUUUUAAAACCAAUGUGCCCAGUUAUACUUCUUAGAAAUCUUAACCCUACACAAGGUUUAUACAAUGGAACAUGUCUCAUUUGUUUAAAUUUUGAUAAGAAUGUCAUACAUGCUGAGAUUUCGGUUGGUAUUCAUGCUGGUAAACAUGUUUUCAUUCCUCGCAUUCCAUUGCAUAGUUCAAAUGAUGAAUCUUACCCAAUACCCUUCAAGCGAAUUCAAUUUCCAAUUUCAUUAUGCUUUGCUAUGACAAUCAAUAAAUCACAGGGACAAACACUUGAUUUUGUUGGAAUAUACUUAAAGGAACCUGUCUUUUCACAUGGACAAUUAUAUGUUGCAUUGUCAAGAGCAAAAACCUCAACAAAUGUGAAGAUCUUGCUAAGACCUGUUACUGUCCAUUCUACAGAAACCAGUUAUACUCGAAAUAUUGUUUAUCAUGAAAUCCUAGCUGCUGCAGCUGAUAUUUGA